ACAAAACGUGCUAAAGUUGGAUCGCGUGGGAGCUUGCGUCCCACGAAAACUGAAACGUCACACAAAACGGGUCUCUCAAGGCAGGACUUUACGGAUCGUAACUGUUCGCCGGGUGCGUGACGUCAUUCGUCUAUAACCAAUCACGCCUUAAGAUGCGCUCAAAUGACUUCCUGGGUUCUCGCUCUACUGUCUGAAACCUUGGCAGACUCCUUGGAUGACUGCACUUUUACCUACUUUCUCAGUAAUCCAGGUAGAAAGGCACGACACGGGACGCCCCGCCACGACUCUACUCGAUCAAGACGCGGGUUGUUGCUCCUCUGGUUGGGGUUAAACUCGUCUCGCUUCACGUUGAAGCUUCUCAGGAUAGCUUAGCUUAUCUUGUUAGCCACUCACAAAGAGACGCGCGCUUGUCAUCAACACACCGAGAAGUGGAGCUCGAGUGUGACAGCCAAGUCUGAAAAUGUGUACAAGGAGUGUGAAAGAAGAAUACGAGGAGGAACUUUCUAGAACAAAAGUGGAGAACGAGCGACAACGUCAUCCGCUGGAGCCUCAGAAGGGAACACGGACAGCAGACGUCAGUGAAGAUUAUCUUCCUCUUGAGGUGCACGAGCCGGAACCUCGACAAAUUAAAGAGGAAGAGGAGGAGGUUGAUGUCGCUCAGUUUCCGUUGACUGUUAUCGUAAAAAGCGAGGAUGAUGACGACGACGACGACGAUGAUGAAGAAGAGGACGAUGACGACGAAGGUGAUGGAGACCGUUGUGGAGGAUCCCAAGCAGAGGGACUCUUAGCCCCGCUCUCAGACAGCGACAACGCGUCGUCGCGCUCUCCUGACACGGCCGACGACGAGGAACACUCGAAAAGCGAUGAGAAGUGUCACAGUCACAAGAAGCAAGUUCAAUGUUUGCAGUGCGGGAAAACAUUUAGUUCAAAGUGGAAUUUGAAGGUUCACUUUCGAAGUCAUAAAGGAGAGAAGCCCUUUACAUGUUCGGAUUGUGGCAAAAGAUUUGCUAACAAGGGAAAUUUGAACGCGCACACAAGAAUACACAGUGGGGAAAAACCUUUUUCCUGCUCAGUUUGUGGCCUGAGAGUGACUCAGAAGAGCGGUUUAACAACUCACAUGAGAAUACACACUGGGGAAAAACCUUUUGCAUGCUCGGUAUGCGGUAAAAGCUUCUCCAUCAAGGGACACUUGAAAAGACACAGCAGAACACACACUGGAGAAAAGCCCUUUGCCUGCUUAGUUUGUGGUAAAAGAUUCUCUAUCAAGGGACAUUUACGAACACACACAAGUAUACACACUGGCGAAAAGCCUUUCGCCUGCUCCAUCUGCACCUUUAGUUUCAGCGAACGUUCCAAAUUGGUUAAACACAUGAGAACGCACUCUGGAGAGAAACCUUUUCCCUGCUUAGUUUGUGGUAAGAGAUUCUCUGCCAAGACAAGUUUAGUAAGGCACACGAGAACACACACCGCGGAGAACCCCGUCGCCUGCUCGCUCUGCAACUUAACUUUCAGCGACCGUUCCGGAUUGACAGAACACAAGAGAACACACACUGGGGAGAAGCAUUUUUCCUGCUCAGUCUGUGCUAAAAGAUUCACCCAAAGAGUACACUUGACGUCGCAUGCAAGAAUACACACCGGUGAGAAACCGUUCAGUUGCAGUGUGUGUGAGAAAAGGUUCUCCCGUAAGGAUCAGGUUAAGAGACACAAGUGUGCCGGUGAGAAGAGCGCCACUCGAUGACUCUUUCGAGGAGCCAAUGAAAC